AAUGGAUAGGAAAUGGGGAAUUUAAGCUAAGGUCCUCCACUUUUGUCCUACAUUUUACAUAACAGAUUUCCCCCAAAUUCCCACCUAUCCUCUUCCAAUCCCCUUAACCCCCAUACUCUCCACACUCCCUUGACCUUGAGUCGCUUCUCCAAUGGCAAUUACUUCAAUAGCAGCAGCUGCUUCUUCAUCAAAGCUAUUUUGCCCGCAUGCCCCUCCAUCUUCAUCUUCCACUUCCACUUCCACUUGCCUCUUCAGAACAGCCACCCACCUCUCCUCUUCUUUCCUCAAACCCUCCAUAAUCCUCCACUUAACUCCUUAUUCCUCCUCCUCUGCCGUCACCACCACCACCACCACCACCCCCUACCGCCGCCGCUCCCACACUGUCCGCGCUGCCCGCGGCAAGUUUGAGCGCAAGAAGCCACACGUCAACAUCGGCACCAUAGGCCAUGUCGACCACGGCAAGACCACCCUCACCGCCGCACUCACCAUGGCCCUCGCCGCCCUCGGCAACAGCGCUCCCAAGAAAUACGAGGCAUCACUAUCAACACUGCUACCGUCGAGUACGAGACCGAGAACCGCCACUACGCCCACGUGGACUGCCCCGGCCACGCUGACUACGUCAAGAAUAUGAUCACCGGUGCCGCACAAAUGGACGGCGCCAUCCUCGUCGUCUCCGGCGCCGACGGCCCCAUGCCUCAGACCAAGGAGCACAUCCUCCUCGCCAAGCAGGUUGGUGUCCCCAACAUGGUGGUUUUCCUCAACAAGCAGGACCAGGUGGAUGAUGAGGAGCUUCUUGAGCUUGUGGAGCUCGAGGUUCGUGAGCUUCUCUCCUCGUACGAGUUUCCCGGCGAUGAAGUCCCCAUUAUCUCAGGUUCGGCCCUUCUAGCAUUGGAAGCUUUGAUGGCGAACCCUGCCAUCAAGCGUGGUGACAACGAGUGGGUGGACAAGAUUUAUGCCCUCAUGGAUGCCGUGGAUAACUACAUUCCCAUCCCUCAGCGCCAAACGGACCUUCCCUUCUUGCUUGCCAUCGAAGAUGUGUUCUCCAUUACAGGUCGUGGGACUGUGGCUACCGGAAGGGUUGAGAGAGGGACUAUUAAGGUUGGGGAAACUGUUGAGAUUGUUGGUGUGAGGGAGACUAGGAGCACUACUGUCACUGGUGUGGAGAUGUUCCAGAAGAUUCUAGAUGAGGCAAUGGCUGGUGAUAAUGUGGGGUUGUUGCUUAGAGGUAUUCAGAAGGUUGAUAUUCAAAGAGGAAUGGUGUUAGCUAAGCCGGGGACUAUUACCCCGCACACUAAGUUUUCUGCCAUUGUGUAUGUUUUGAAGAAGGAAGAAGGAGGGAGGCACUCACCAUUCUUUGCUGGAUACCGACCGCAGUUUUACAUGAGGACCACUGAUGUGACUGGGAAAGUGACGUCGAUUAUGAAUGAUAAGGAUGAGGAGUCCAAGAUGGUGAUGCCAGGGGACAGGGUUAAGAUGGUGGUGGAGCUUAUAGUACCUGUGGCUUGUGAGCAAGGGAUGAGGUUUGCUAUUCGGGAAGGAGGGAAAACUGUGGGAGCUGGUGUCAUCCAAUCCAUCAUCGAGUGAGAUUAGUAAGGACACAACUCAGAUUUGGCUUCCGGAUGCAUGAAUGGGUCUUUUUUAUAUGGUGGAGAAAGUUGCAAGUAUCGGAUUAUGUUAUAUACAACUGAUUUUUUUGGCCAGUUUACAGAACUUGAUGGUGUUAAUGAUUUUUUUUUUUUUUUUUGCUUUGUUUAACUUUCGUCUCUCAUUAUUUUUGUAUCAUCUGUUUAUUGAUUGAGCAAGAUUCCAUGAACAACUUUUGCUUGUGAGA